UUAUUCGCCGCCAUUUGUCAUAUUUUUGGCAUGCGCGUGUGAGAUGCUACAAAAAUCGUGCUCGUGAGUGUUUUUCCUGAAAUAAAGUGAAUUUUAAACUUUGUUUGUGUAACGUGAAACUUGUGUUAUUCGGUGAAACUCGAGUGCACAUAUUUAUUACAGUGAUUGUGUGUUUAACAAAGUCACGAUGAAUAAAACUUGCGCAAGGUGCGAAAAAACAGUGUAUCCUACGGAGGAAUUGAAAUGUUUAGACAAGACAUGGCACAAAGGCUGUUUCAAAUGCCAGGAGUGCGGGAUGACGCUCAACAUGCGGACAUACAAGGGCUACGGGAAACUGCCUUACUGCGAAGCACACGUACCAAAGGCCAAGCACACGACGAUGGCGGAAACGCCCGAGCUGAAGCGGAUAGCUGAGAACACAAAGCUGCAGAGCAAUGUCAAGUACCACGCGGACUUCGAGAAGAGCAAGGGGAAAUUCACACAGGUGGCAGACGACCCCGAAACCUUGAGGAUCAAGGCGAACACAAGAAUCAUAAGUAACGUGGCAUACCACGGUGAUUUGGAGAAGAAAGCACAGAUGGAGAAGCAGAGGCAAAUCAACGAAAAUGGAGAAAUUGUUGAACUAGCCACCAACGACAACUACCAUCAACAAAUCGAGACGUAUGCGACAGAGAUGCUGGCGCCCAUGCCUCCACCGAACCUGCCGCCGAAGAACCACUACCAGACCCCGGUACCACAGACACACCGUCAGGAAUACCGCCAAGAAGACUACUAUGCGUACCCGAAAUACGAGGACUACCCGCAGAACGCGAAUUAUCAAAGUACCCCCCAAUUCGCACAAAACUUGGGGAAUCAGAAGAUUGGUAAGAUUCAAGACUACGAUCCGCUCAGCGACGGGCCUAGGCCUCCGCCCAACACGCAGCGGGCCUCCGCCACGCUCAUCUACAAUAGCUCCAGCGAUGGGAAACGAGGGGCUCAUCACACUCAGCAGCAACAGCAAAGCAGCCGGCAUAUCGGCCGUGUGACUGACCUGGAUCCUCUGGCCAACGAGCCGCCCGCGCCGCACAACCAUCACCACCAGAACCAGCAUAGCCAGGUCAAACAGAGGGUGUACAUCGCGAUGUACGAUUACGAAGCGAACGAUAGUGACGAGGUGUCGUUCCGCGAGGGCGACUACAUCUCGAACGUGACGUCGAUCGACGAGGGCUGGAUGACGGGGCAGGUGCUGCGCACCGGCCGCACCGGCAUGCUGCCCGCCAACUACGUGGAGCGCGCGCCCGACCGCCACUGAGGCUCCCUACACACACUCAACCGACAUACAUCAUACAUGUAGCAAGGGGGUGGGGGUCCAAUGACAGAAAAUGCCAAUAUACUCUAUACGCGGAGAGAAGUUACUAUAGCUCUGUGGCGUGCAGAUCAUAGAAGCAUAAAAGCACUGCUUACCCUAGGUGUAAUAGCUCAAUGCUGAUUUUCAAUAUGAGUUGCCACACAGUAAGUUCCUACUUUUUGACUGCCUACCCUGUCUCCAAAUCCUGUGCACGGUACUGGCGCUACCUCUGUUACGUAAACCCAUAAAAAAUAGAUAGAUAGAAAAUUCUGUGGGCAUUUUGAGUCACCAACGAAUAACAAACGUGAUGUAGAUUUACUAGGGCUAGAUGACGUGGAGUGCGCCCGACCGCCACUGAGGCUCCGCACAACGCCGCAUGCCCACACUCGACUGGCGGUACAGUCAGCAACAAAGCUAGGUUUGCGCCCCAGUACAAGCGACUAUGGAAGAAUCUAGCUUUGUUGCUGACUGUACAUGCAGCCGAGGGAAGGGAGGGGGGGAGGCAGAUGAGAGAACAUUCUACUAUAUAUUUUAUUCGUGGAAAGAAAUUAGUAGAGCGGUCUCUCUCACGUACCUAAUCGCAUACAAAUGAUAGAUAAAAUCUGUGGGCGCUUACCAGUUUGAGACCUGCCGCAAUGGCAUGCUGCCCGCCAAGUACGUGGAGCGCGCGCCCGACCGCCACUGAGGCCCCACACACACUCAACCGACAUACUUUAUACAUGUAGCAAGGGAGUGGGUGGGGGGAGGGGUCCGAUGACACUGUACUGUAUAGCUAUAUACUCCGUUACUAAUCCCAUGCAAAUUAUAGAGACAGACAGGAGGAUUAAAAAUGGUUUUUGACUGAGAUUUCGACGUGACAACGUCUUAUAAUUCGAUAGAGCCGGCUGCACGCACGAAAAAACAUGACUCAUGCGGCGUUACCUCGCUCUGAGGCGUUCCAUGUAAGGCUUGAAGUGCAAGCGAGAGCGCGGAACGAG